UUUGUCAGACAGGUUUAAUUGAAAACACUUGGAGGCUGUUAUGAAUGAAGACAAAGUAUUGAGAAGCAAGUGUCAAGAGAGAUCUCCCUCACUGAAGGAAAUCCACACAGGAUUAUAAAGUCACAGGAAAAAAGAAGUCUGGUGUCAGUGAUGUAUAGAUUGGUGUUACAGAAAUCUAUCACAGUGCCAGGUUUUAGUACGUGUAAACACAUUACCCAUGUGUCAACAGACCGGGUCUGGAUCAGUGAUAAUCACGGCAAUCUCAUCUUAACAAACACGACAGGUGUUACACUAGAUCGUGUGACAGGUUUAAGUGAAUAUAUUGGUGGAUUACAUACUGUGACGCGAGAUAGUGAUUUGAUUUAUAUAGACAGUCACUAUAACAUCAUUAAACUGUCUACAGAUAAAGUAAAGACCACAGUGAUACCAAACACAUCACCAUGGAUACCAUACAGUGUCUACAGCUCCCCUUCCACUGGAGACCUGCUGGUCGGGAUGUCUCACGCACUGUCAGACCAGGUAAACCGUUACACUAACACAGGAGAACACAUACAGACCAUACAGCACGGCAAUACAGGUCAGGGGCUGUAUAAUGUACCUAGAUACAUCACAGAGAACCGCAAUGGAGAUGUUAUUGUGUCUGACUGGUCCCGUGGUGUAGUGGUGACAGACAGAAGAGGAAGACAUCGCUUCUCCUACACAGGUCCUCCAUCAGGAUCACGACUAUAUCCACGUGGAAUCUGUACUGACGCGCUGUCACACAUCCUGCUGUGUGAUUAUAUCACCGACACAUUACAUAUUAUUGACCAGGAUGGUCUCUAUCUGACACAGAUAGAGACAAAACAACACGGGAUAGACACACCACACAGCCUGAGUUAUGAUGACAUCACCCGCUCUGUCUGGGUAGGAUCAUGGGAUAACACAGUGAACAUAUACAGACUUAUAUAUGGAGGGGAUAAUCUGACCAAUCCAAGCACUGAUGAAAUAAAUAAAGUGGAUGAGUUGAAGAAGUUUCUGAGGAAGGAGAAGACAACUGUGUCCCAUGCCAGAGGAAUACUUGUUGGAUGUGCUGGGGCUGGAAAAACAACGCUACUGAAGCGAUUAAGAGGGCAAAGUCAAAAUGUCAGCAAAGCUACAAUGUCAUCCAGUGGACUAACAACACUGCUGAAGCGAUUAAGAGGAAAACGUCAAAAUUUCAGUGAAGUUUCAGAGUCCACCAGGGGACUGGAAGUCCAUCAACAUGUCUUCAUUGUUAGAGAUGGAGUUUUAGAAGUGGCUGAUGAUGACUCACCAUUCAAGUCAUUUAUCAGAAUAAAUGCUACAGAUUUGAAACCAGACCCAAGCAGUAGUGCCGUUGCCAGCUCUGAUGCAAAUAAAAAAGAAGAUUUGGAUGAAGGAAGUACUGAUAAAAGCACUGAAGUAGUUUAUAACCGAGAGGAAAAGAAAGAAGAGAAUGUGGAAAUGUCUAGUUCACCCACGGAGGACACAGAAGAAGAGAACUCAGUAGAGGUAAUGGCCAGUCUUAUCUCCUCAGAAGCUCCAACUAUGGUGAAAGAGGAAAUAUUUCAGAAAAUCUUGUCUGAAAAAGAGAAGUUACCAACAGUAAGCAUGCUUGAUUUUGCUGGCCAGUUAGCAUAUUAUGCCUGUCACCAAAUUUACGUAACACCAAAGGCCUUCUUUAUCCUUGUGUUGGACAUGACUAAGAGGUUUGAGGAUGUUGUCGAUAAAGAGAGGCAUAACCAGGAAGGAUCAAUCUUCUCCGUGUGGACAAACAAAG